AAGCUUGGAUGUGUCCUCAACUGCUCAAAACUUUAAAUGCGUUGGUAUUUGAACUUUUGUUUCUGUCAGUUUAACGUAUUGGUCCAUCACUUGCUCGGAAAAUAAAUCAAUGGCGUCCCUUUUUAGUUCUUUUGCAAAGCCAUACGAGCCCAACAAAGCUUAAAGUAACUAGCUGAUGCGAAAUACCGCGGACAACAGGCAGACACUGCCUGCUGUACUCGGAGCUGUAAACACAGGAGAUGUCGCUGGAGCUCGGUGGUUUUUACAGGGAGGGGCUUGGGAUAGCGGGCUGGAUUACUGAAUCCUGUAGCUGUUCAGCGAGCGAGUAGCCCGAACGGACUGCGCUCGGAAACUCGGGCCAUUUAUAUCCCUUCUAAACUUUGUGCGCUGUCAAAGCAGGGGCCACACCUCGGUGAGUGAACCAUGGACGAGGACUUUGAGCGGCGCAGGGAGCUGAGGAGACAGAAGCGUGAGGAGAUGCGGAUGGAGGCGGAGAGGAUGGUCUAUCGCCGAAAUGACGAGGAUGAGGAAGAGGCGGCUCGUGAGCGCAGACGAAGAGCACGUCAAGAGCGCUUGCGCAACAAGGAGAGUGAGGAGGUACCCAACCCUCCUGAGAGUGUGGAGCUUAACAACAGCCACAGUGUGACGGUUACAGAGGCAGUUUCCAGCUCGGUGGUCAGCUCGGGCUGGUGUGGCGAAGGAGAUGAUGAAGAGCAGGCCCUCUUGGAGCGCUUGGCCAAACGGGAGGAGCGUAGGCAGAGGAGGAUGAAGGAGGCACUGGACAGACAGAAGGAGCAAGAGCCCUUCUCCUACGGUGUGGAGGAGCACCCCACCACUCAGCGCUCUCUUGAGGAGUAUCCACACAGCAGCAAGGAACAGGAGAAAGAAGAGGCCAAGGAAGAGUAUGAGGAGACUGUCCCAGAUGAAGAGGAGGAGCAGAAAGAGGAAGUGAUGGAAGAGAAGCCACAGACGUCUUACCUGAGGGAGCAGGACUCCACUGAGGAAAAACCUCAAAUUGACGAUGAGAUGGAGGAUGGGGAUGGGAGUAAGAGGAGCAAACAGCACAACGGAGGAGUGUAUGAGGAGGGCAAGCCCAGGAAGGUGGAGAGAACGCCGAGCCACAGCAGCCUACGCUCACCCGAGGCUCCUCCCGCAGUGGAGGAAGUGGAGGGGGAGGGAGCACGCCUGGAGGCCGAGCGCAAGCUAGAGGAGCUGAAGAGGAGGAGAGACGAAACAGAGAGUGAGGAGUUCGAGAGAAUGAGGCAGAAGCAGCAGGAGGCCGAGGCCGAGCUGGAGGAGCUCCGGAGGAAGAGGGACGAGCGGAGGAAAGUGUUGGAGGAAGAGGAGCGGCAGAAGAAGCAAGAGGAGGCCGAGAGGAGGGCCAAAGAGGAGGAGGAGAAGAGGAGGAUGAAGGAGGAGAUAGAGAGGAGGAGAGCACAAGCGGCAGAGCGGAGGCAGAAGGUUGGGGACGAGGUGGAUGGGGAAGCCAGUAAGCCCUUUAAAUGCGUGAGCCCAAGAGGGUCAUCCCUGAAGAUUGGUGAAAGGGCUGAAUUUCUUAACAAGUCAGCACAGAAAAGCACUGUGAAGACAUCUCACUCUCCUGUGGUGUCAAAGAUUGAUAACAGAUUGGAACAGUACACCACUGCUGUGCAGAGUAAUAAGGAGGUGCGAUCGCCACGGACAGCGACCGUGGACCUGCCCGUGGCAUCAGACGGCGUUCGCAACAUUAAGACCAUGUGGGAGAAGGGCAGUGUGUUCGGCUCCGGCACCAACACGCCAUCCAGCAACAAGGAUGCAGCUGGAAUCAAGGUGGGUGUGGCUGGCCGCAUCAAUGAUUGGCUGAAUAAAACCCCGGAAUCGAGCAAAACGCCAGGAGGAAUACCAGCGGACCUGAAGCGUGGGGAUGUGACUGGCAAACGCAGUCUAUGGGAGAACAAAGGCUCCCCUGCUACCAAGGUGACAAGCAGAGGAGAAAGUAAAUCUGUUGCUAAUGGAAUGGGGCACUAACUUUUUGAAGACUCAGCACCAGGGACCAAGUGAAAGCCGUCAUCUUUCUUUUUAUAUGUUAUAUAUUUUACUCAUACCAAAAAUAAUUUGAAAACUUGCCCACUGCCUAGACAUAUCUGAGAGAGAGACUGAGGGAGACAGAAGGCUUAUAUUUUCCCACUUCCGUCAAAGGCCUUAAUCUUGCAAGGCCUAAUUAUAGGGUCAUGCUUAGCAUAAAACCUGUUUUAUACUAGAAACUAUUCUGAAAUAUAGACAUAUAGACAGCCUUACAUAUAGAGACACCAAGUAUCACAUGAUUCAGUUUCUCACUAGAUAAUGACAGAUGCAACAUAUGUAAAGGCCUUGUGUAAUUUCACAGUAAGUGUUGCUAUUCUUUCCCUUCAGAGCUCUUCUCUGCUAGUCACCCUGAACACCUUUUUAAUUUAUAAUUAAAGCAAAGCUUCACAUAUUGGUAUUGUAUUAAUGUUCACCAGUCCAGAACAGAAUAUGAGCACCCAUAGUAUAGUGCAUUUUUAAAAACUUUUGUCAUAAUGACACAUUUUUUAAUAGGAAAACUAUGGUCUUAAUAAUAUAUGUUAGCACAUCAUGUAUGUUUUGUAAGUAACUAUAUUUUAUAUGUUGCCGCUUUAUACAAGAUGAUGUCUUUGCUUUUGCUCUCAGUAUCACAAUAUGUCUGCAAAUGCUAAUUAUAGACAUUCCAUUAUUAUUCAUUUUUUCAGUCACAGUUCAGGUGCUUUGUCAGUCAAUAUAGACACCAUGAUAUAGCUGAUUUCUAAUGGACGUAAAGGCUUGGCUUUGCACUGAAUAAAGGGAACAUGUAUUUCUUGACCAAAAUUGAAAAAGAUGAAAAAAGAAAGACUUGACUUUCACAGACAUUCCUUUGCAUUUAGCGCUUGCUCUAUCACAAGUAAGGCUCAGGUUGUCAUUAUCAUCCUGAUAAGCGACUGUAUUUAGUAUGUUAACGGACAGGUGGGAGGGGCUUCAAACCCUUACUAAGGACCAAUUUAUGCCAUUUAUGUAAUUUCUUUGUUUCUUUUUUGUUUACUCUCCACCAAUUUAUUUAGAGUAAAACACUAUUACACGUUGGCAACUAUGUAAUGGGACUCAAGUAUGUGCUGGUGGGCAGACAGACAGUGCCUUGUACCGUCAGGAGUUUUCAUAGGUUAUGUGACUGAUGGUGUGUGUUGGGGGGGGGGGGGGGGGGGUUGUGUGUGUGUCACUAAUAUCCAAUUCUCUCCCCAGCUCAAUUACAUCAUAAUUUACAUUUUAAAAUGUGAAUGGUUCUGUGUUCUGGUCUUAUAUUUGACAAUCAUUCAUGAUGCAAAGUAAUCUCUACUUUUUCCAUGUUGAGUCUUGAGUCUUGUAAACAUGUCUUUCGUUGAACCAGGGUAACUCCAUGCAAAUCGCACCAACUUUAAUUUGUUCAUUUCCUUGUUAAAACUUUGACCAUGUUUACUGUAGCUGAUAGUUUUGUAAGGAACAACUUUUUAUAUAUUGUAACAGUGACUCAGCAACAGCAAUAAAGUGAUUCUUUUAAAAGCCUCA